AUGAGGAGGCUGCUGCUGGGUCCACUCAAGCUGCGGGGGCGACUAGACAUUCAAAGGAUGCCCAGCAGCAUGGCUGACAGGACCUGGGUACUAGUUGGGUUGCAGGGGGAGGGGGCAGAAAGGAAGAAUAAUUCCCAGAUUUCUGGCAGAGAGUGCUUGGGAGCCGAGGGCAGGCUGGCUCGAAAGCUCUUCCAUGACCUCUUCACCAACUAUACAAAUGCCCUGAGACCUGUGGCAGACACAGACCAGGCUCUGAACGUGACCCUGGAGGUGACAUUGUCCCAGAUCAUCGACAUGGAUGAGCGGAACCAGGUGCUGACCCUGUACCUGUGGAUCCGACAGGAGUGGACAGAUGCCUACCUACGAUGGGACCCCGACGCCUAUGGUGGCCUGGAUGCUAUCCGCAUCCCCAGCAGCCUCCUGUGGCGGCCGGACAUCGUACUCUACAACAAGGCGGACGCACAGCCGCCGGCCUCCGCCAGCACCAACGUGGUUCUGCGGCACGACGGCGCCGUGCGCUGGGACGCGCCGGCCAUCACGCGCAGCUCGUGCCGCGUGGACGUGUCGGCCUUCCCGUUCGACGCGCAGCGCUGCGGCCUGACGUUCGGCUCGUGGACGCACGGCGGGCACCAGCUGGACGUGCGACCGCGCGGCGCCGCCGCCAGCCUGGCCGACUUCGUGGAGAACGUGGAGUGGCGCGUGCUGGGCAUGCCGGCGCGGCGGCGCGUGCUCACCUACGGCUGCUGCUCCGAGCCCUACCCCGACGUGACCUUCACGCUGCUGCUGCGCCGCCGCGCCGCCGCCUACGUGUGCAACCUGCUGCUGCCCUGCGUGCUCAUCUCGCUGCUCGCGCCGCUCGCCUUCCACCUGCCCGCCGACUCGGGCGAGAAGGUGUCGCUCGGCGUCACCGUGCUGCUGGCGCUCACCGUCUUUCAGCUGCUACUGGCCGAGAGCAUGCCGCCGGCGGAGAGCGUGCCACUCAUCGGGAAGUACUACAUGGCCACCAUGACCAUGGUCACAUUCUCCACGGCGCUCACCAUCCUUAUCAUGAACCUGCACUACUGUGGUCCCAGUGCCCGACCAGUGCCAGCCUGGGCUCGGGCCCUCCUGCUGGGACGCCUGGCAAGGGGCUUGUGUGUGCAGGAACGAGGGGAGCCCUGUGGGCAGUCUAGGCCACUUGAGUCACCCCCCAGUCCCCAGCCUCCUGACGGAGGUGCUCGCCCUCCAGCAGUUCCUUGCGGCGAGCCACGGUGUCUGUGCCGUCAGGAAGCCCUACUGCGCCACGUAGCUACCAUCGCGAACACCUUUCACAGCCACCGGGCUGCCCAGCGCCGCCAUGAGGACUGGAAGCGGCUGGCCCGUGUCAUGGAUCGCUUCUUCCUGGGCAUCUUCUUCUCCAUGGCCCUGGUCAUGAGCCUCCUGGUGCUGGUGCAGGCCCUGUGA